UGUGACGUGUCGCUUUUACAACGACAAUAAUACCGUGUGCAAAACGAGCUGCCUGCAAUUGCACACGGUUCAAUUCAUUACGUAUAUAACAACGAGCGUGGGGAUUCGUGUGACAUAGAAAAACCGAAGUGUUUCCAAUAUCGUGACGUAAUGAGCAGUUCAAAACCAGUUCCUACCACAACAAUGUCGUGCAAAUGUUCUUCUGGCGAAACCUGCAUUUGUAAGGUGUCGUGCAAAUGCGUUGAUUGCAAGUGCACCAAAUGCCCUGCAGUUGCUUGCAAGUGCGAAGAAGGUGCUGCCUGUAUAUGUACCGUCAAGUGCACCUGUGUCAAUUGCAAGUGUGCAAAAUGCCCAACUAGUACCUGCAAAUGCACUUCUGGUGGGACCUGCACUUGUAAGGAAUCGUGCAACUGCGUCGACUGCAAGUGCACCAAGUGCCCUAAAGUUGCUUGCAAGUGCGAAGAAAGCGCUGCAUGUAUAUGCACUGUCAAAUGCACCUGUGUCAACUGUAAGUGUGAAACGUGCCCGACUAGUACCUGCAAAUGCACUUCUGGUGGAACCUGCACCUGCGUGGAGUCAUGCAACUGUGCUGAUUGCAAAUGCACCAAAUGCCCUAAAGUUGCCUGCAAGUGCGAAGAAGGCGGUUCGUGUGUCUGCACCGUCAAGUGCACUUGUGUCAAUUGCAAGUGCGCAAAAUGCCCAACUAGUACCUGCAAAUGCACUUCUGGUGGGACCUGCACUUGUAAGGAAUCGUGCAACUGCGUUGACUGCAAGUGCACCAAGUGCCCUAAAGUUGCUUGCAAGUGUGAAGAAGGCGCUGCAUGUAUAUGCACUGUCAAAUGCACCUGUGUCAACUGUAAGUGUGAAAAGUGCCCGACUAGUACCUGCAAAUGCACUUCUGGCGGAACCUGCACCUGCGUGGAGUCAUGCAACUGCACUGAUUGCAAGUGCAGCAAAUGUCCGAAGAAGAAGACCACAUGCAAAUGCUAAUAUGAAGAACGGUGCAUUUUCGUGGAUUGGUGCGUGAAGAAUUUAGUGCUUAUCGUAUAUCGUAGUAUUUUGUUAAUUCAUUCCAAUAAAUAAUCCAAAGCAUAUCAUAGUUCUGUGGUAGAGUUUAUAUUUAGUACGACACUAUUUGUAGGAAUUCAAAAUGUCAUGUAAAUUAUUAAUAUUUACUUUAUUUUAUUGUAGUUAAGUAAUGUUAGUAUGGGUUAAUAAAUUGUAUACAUGCAGUCAA